GCGGCAGCCUUUGUGCUGCGUCCGGGUGUCGCCGAGUUCUGCGUCCCAGCGGUCGGGGUGCGCGCCGCGAGUUUGGGGUGCACCAGCUCGGGUGGGCUUCGCGCCGUGUGCAUGCUGCGAUCCAGGGCCAUGGCCCUCGCCGUGCGAGUCGUUUAUUGUGGCGCUUGAGGCUACAAGUCCAAGUAUCUUCAACUCAAGAAGAAGUUGGAAGAUGAGUUCCCUGGCUGCCUGGACAUCUGUGGCGAGGGGACCCCCCAGGCCACCGGGUUCUUUGAAGUCUUGGUAGCUGGGAAGUUGGUUCACUCCAAGAAGAAAGGCGAUGGCUAUGUGGACACAGAAACCAAGUUUCUGAAGCUGGUGACUGCCAUCAAAGCCGCCCUGGCUCAGGGCUGAUGUUCCCGGAAGCAGAGCUUGGUGCCUGGGCCCAGCCCCUCUCUGCAGACGCUUCAUGAUGGGAAGGACUGAAAUGUCCCUGGACGCCUGGUCUUUCCCUGAUGUUCUUGCAGCUGCUGAGCAGGGAGCAGAGCUCGGAGCCCCUGGGCCCUGCUGUGUGUGUGUGUGAGUGUGUCCUGGGCAUCCAGCUCAGGGACUAGCCCUGCCCCCUGCAAUGUUUGGGGGUGACCCUGCCCAAACCUUCCUGCUCAAGGGGGACUCCAACCCCAAGAGAGCUGUCAGGAUGAGUGAGUCUUGAAUGCCAGUAAUAUGUACAACGGUUCCCACUCAAUAAACACAGAUGAGCUGGA